AUGGCUGAGCUUGCAUACAUAUCGCUGGCUAUCAAUCUGCUCCAAUUUGCUGAACUUGGUGCCAAACUAGUUCGCGGCGCCCUGGAGCGGUACAAGUCUGCUGAUGGCUUAACUAUCCAUGAUGAGAUGUUUAUAGCUGAUGCCCGGCGUCUGAGACAUCUUGCGGGUGUUAUCCUGAACAAUGAGUCAGAUACAACGAAGACAACAGAAAGUCCGAUACUGCGCUCCAUUGCCCAGAGAUGCACUGAGGAUGCUGCUGUGUUGAUUGAGAUCCUCGACGCAUUAAAGAGCUUUGAGCAAGCGAUAAGGUGUAUGUUGAAAGAGCAUAAAAUACGGGAGUUGGAGUUACGGCUUGGGAGUCUCCGCAGAGAAUUGCAACUAUUUCUCACCCAUGCUGCAGGGGCUGAGAUCGAUGAUUUAAACGAAGAACAACAGCACGCGAAGCAGGAAGCAAUCAAGGAAAAACACAGAGCGACGUUUGACUGGGUUUUCAGCCAUGAUGAUACCUUAUUUCCCCAAUACUUUUGCAGAAGAGGAAAGCCAGGAAGUGGCAAGUCUAUCUUGAUGAAGUUCCUCGUCACUCAUCCGGCGACGAGAGUGAAAUUAGGAGCCUGGGGCAACGGCUACACUAUGGUAAUAGCGUCUCACUAUUUCUGGAACGCCGGUAGCUCCAUGCAAAAGUCACAACGUGGCUUGCUCCAGACACUACUAUACGAAGUGUUGAGGAAGGUUCCGAGUCUCAUCGACCGUGUCUGCAGUCGGCGCCGGUCAGCCCUUCAACACAAAUUGAUGGAAUCAUGGGGAAUGGAGGAGCUUCUAGACGCUUUUGCAUUACUCGCUACUCAGACGGAUCUCUCUGUGAAAUUUUGUUUCUUCAUCGAUGGUCUCGAUGAGUAUACGGAUCGAGCAAAGCGGUAUGACAACACAUUUGAGGAUGUUGGAAUAACCACGACUGGGACCAAACUCCGUCCAACAGAGGAUCUUCUUCGAGUUAUUCAAGACUUAGCAUCUUCGCCUUCUAUCAAGAUCUGUGCUUCGAGCCGCCCAUGGGAUGCCUUCCUGGACGCUUUUGGCGCCCAGCCAUGGCAACUUCGAAUGGAAGACUUGAUCAAAGACGACAUCCGCACCUAUUCUCUGAAGAACGACCUUGCAAAAGGAGACACGUUCAGAGAAUUAAAGACUGAUCUGGAAGAGUAUUUCCAGCACAUGAUCGAGUCAAUAGACCCGAUAUACUGGGAAAGCAUGGCCCGCAUUUUGAGAAUCAUGAUUGAAUCUGCCUUCGAAUUUCUCGAACAGGAGGCGGAAAGCGCGAGAUAUGCGUUGCAAAUGAAGGUCUCCUCCAUUUUGCCCGAAAACGUGGAAAUAAUGAAGAAGCGGCUCAAUGCGAGGGGCAAAGACCUGCUCUACGUCACCUUUCGUCCAGCCAAGAAACCAUUUCUUCAGUACCAAGUCGACUUUUUGCAUCGAACUGUGAGAGACUUCUUCAUUGAUCGAGAUGUCAUUGAGGAAACAAAGGCCAAAAGAAAGACUUCCCACUUCAACCCGGCACUUUCACUCUGUCGGAUCAUGCUGGCCCUUGUCAAAACGGUGUCCUAUGCGGAAAUAGCGGUCGAUUACAACGAGGCAUAUCUUAACAACAGAGAGACUGCCGAUAACAGGUCGCAGUGUCUCUUGGAUGACUUGGAAGAUAUGUUCAAUCUGCUAGACGCACUAGAUCAUACGAAUACAUCGAAUGCCAGGGACAAGAGUGUCCACUGGACUAACUUCAGAGAUAUCCCGAAGGGCAACUUCAAGGAAAAGCGACAGAAGAGCUUUCUCGCCUCUGCUAUACAAGCGAGACUACCGUUGUAUGCGAAGCAUAAGACCAACACGAAUCUUGAUCAGGCCAAGAAGAAAAUGGGCCGACCGUUGCUAGAUUAUGCUUUGCGACCAACCACCGUGACACCUCUUGAACUACCUACUCAAGAAGGUCCAGUCCGAGCCAUGGUUGAGUCUCUGCUACAAAACGGGGCUGACCCGAACCAGACAAUUGAGCUGUAUGGCGGGAAGACUCCUUGGCAAUCUUUUCUCUCUGUCUGCUACCGCCAUAGUCUUCAAGCCGACAAGCCAAACCUUGAUGCAGAUGAGAUUACAGACACAAUUGUGGCGAUGUUGCUGUCGGGGGCAGAUCCUAAAGUCAGAGUUGAUCUUCAGGGCGGUGGGAAAGCAGAUAUCCUAGGGGUUGCGCAAAGACUGGAGCUUUCUAGGGCAAAGAUUGAGAGGAUCAAGAGCGUGAUGCAUAUUGGUGGAAACUCGAAGCAGCUGGGCUUCAUUGGAACCCUCAGUUCUUGGUGGUGGAAAAAGUCUGAAUAG